UUGUGUCCCCCGUGUGUGUCGCCGGUUGUUGAGGUUUCUCUUCAACAUGGCCAGCUCGCUGUGUGCCAGAUCCUUCCUUCAGAGGUCAACACAGGGUUUUAUCUUCUCCUCCAGGACAAUACCCGCUCUCUUAAGUCCAUUGCUGGCCCGUUCACAUCGAUUGGGUCCCAGUGAUGAUGAAAUGUACCAGCGCACCACGGUGUCUGUCAUGCAGAAGGAGCCAGGCAGCGGCCUCAUGAUUCACAGCUACAGUGCUCAUGGAUUCAACAUAGAUGGUAACAGGGUGCUCGGGCCCUGUGCUGUGCUGCCUCCUGCUAUCCUCCAGUGGAACGUUGGCAGUAAUAAAGACAUCACAGAAGAAAGUGUUUCACUUUUUCACAUGAUCGAACCAAGAAUAGAGAUUCUCAUACUAGGAACAGGCGCAAGAGUUGAAAGAAUUAGCCCUUCGGUCCUUGCUCUACUCAAAAAGAAAGGCAUCGCUGUGGAGGUGCAAGACACGCCAAACGCAUGUGCAACCUUCAACUUCCUGACCAGUGAACGAAGACUUGUAGCUGCCGGUCUGAUCCCUCCGCCUGUCAGCACGGCACUGGAAGUGAAGCAGGAAUAAGUGUUGUGAUUUCAUCAGAAACUAGGCCUGAUUUCUACAGAUAAGGAUUAGAGGUUCAUGAAUGAUCUCUGGGAUUGUUGUUCUUCUGCAACAAGCUUCCAAAGAAACUCAGUGUGAAAUCAUGCCCAACAGAAACUAUUCAUAAAUUAGUUUGCAUCUCUUAUUCUAUGAGAUUAAGGUGUAAAAAAUGUAUCAGAGCAACGCGCUGUUUCAUAAACGGUGUAUGUCGGGGUUUCUGUCAGACAUUACAGACAGUCGGUGUUUGUGAGUUUGUUUCACUGUACAAAAAGUUUGCACAAGCGCUCAUGGAAAUGUAACGGAGGACAACCAUGAUAGAGGGUUGGACUGUAAUAAAUGUAUAGAAAUGUUGUUUUAGUGUGUAAAAUGUGUAUUUAAAAGCUUUAAAUGCAAUAAAAAAUACCCAAUGACAAUAAUCUGAUGUGCUAAAUAUGUAAAAUAGAUAUCAAAUGAGCCCCUAUAUGAAUUAUUCAUUUUUAAAGACACAGUUGAAGAUGAAACUGGUAAAAAUAUUCUUAAAUAAAGUAAGAUUUCUUUGUGUAAA